AUGGCUCCGUUCGACGUCGUCGUGCGUGGCCCCAAGGCGCCCGCGCCGCUCGCACGGCUGCAUGGCCUGCCGUACUUUGUCAUUGCGCAGAUCAUCUUUGCCACCAACGCCUUUGUCCUCAUCAACUGGUAUGGCGCGCUCGGAGCGGUCGCCGGCCUCGGCCUCGGCGUCAUGGGCUCGGUCCUCGACGCACUCGUCUCCAACAGCUUUGGCUACAACAUUAUCGUGCUCCGCUACAAUGGCUUCUCCGACUGGUCCGUGCUUGGUGCGAUGACGCUCGCGCUUCUCGGCGGGCAGCUCAUGAACGUGAUUGUGAUCGAGCACCUCGCCGGUCCGAUGGCUGUCGCGGACCUCCUCGCGACGUCGUCGUACACGCCGUGGACGCUCUUUGGCGUGCUACUCAACCUUGGCAUGAGCGAAGUGGUCUUCUACACAGGCCACCAGUUUCUCCACGAGACAUGUCCAGAGCUCCACUUGAUGCACCACUGCUGCCUCCGACCGACGGGGUCGACCAACCUGAUUUCCGACCCGCGCGACGUGGCGAUCGAGCUCGGCGGUCCCGGGGCGCUCUUGAUCAUGAACCAUUUCCUCUUGUGGGAAGAAGACGCGACGAUCCUUCUACUCUCGUACCUCUUUGUGACCUGGUACUAUACCCUCACGCAUCACGAGUGGCUGGCAACGUAUCACAUCAAGCACCACACGCGCCUCAAUGCAGUCUACACGGUCUACAUCAACCAGCCAGGGGACGCACGGCGAGACAGGAUCAGGAGUCUCCUCAAGCGGCCGCCCAAGCACUUGCUGCAAUAGCCCCUCGUGCCACGUCCGACGCCAGAGCCGGUUUUUCCCGCGUCCAAAACGGCAUCCU